CUGCGCAUGUGCAGGAUAGCAGAAAGCCGAAGCAACAAACAAACAUCAAGCAGAGACGGACAGCAACACAGAUCAAGCGCUAUCUAUGCAGAUCGCUAGCUACAUGAGUUAACUUUGAAAAAUGAAAAUCAAAACUGUCGUUUAAUAUACACUGCAGUUCCACCCGAAUGAAGGAGCUCCGUCCUGGCUGAUUUUGGGAGAUGGGAGUACUCAACAUUACAGACCAGCCUCCACUGGUCCAAGCGGUUUUCAAUCGGAAUGCCGAUGAAAUUCAACAACUAUUGCACAACAAGAAAGAGGAUGUCAAUGCACUGGACCAAGAGCGCCGCACGCCGCUACAUGCUGCUGCCUGUUUGGGAGAUGUUCAUAUCAUGGAAUUCCUCAUCAAUGCAGGUGCAAAUGUAAAUGCUAAGGACCAUGUGUGGUUAACUCCAUUGCACAGGGCAGCUGCCUCCCGGAAUGAAAGGGCAGUGGGACUACUUCUGCGGCAGGGAGCUGAGGCCAAUGCACGGGACAAGUUCUGGCAGACACCACUGCAUGUUGCAGCUGCCAAUAGAGCCACACGCUGUGCAGAGGCCCUGCUCCCCCAGCUGAGCAACCUGAACAUGGCAGACCGCACUGGCAGAACCGCUUUGCACCAUGCUGCUCAGAGUGGAUACAUGGAGAUGGUGAAGUUGCUGCUGAAUAAAGGAGCCAACUUGAGUGCCAAUGAUAAGAGAGAGAGACAGCCUAUCCACUGGGCAGCGUACUUGGGGCAUCUGGAGGUGGUGAAGCUGCUAGUGUCUCGGAGUGCAGACAAAGGCUGCCAGGACAAGCAGGGUUACACCCCUCUCCACGCUGCAGCUGCCAGCGGACACAUUGACAUCGUCAAGUACCUUCUGAGGCUCGGGGCAGAGCUGGAUGAGCCCAAUGCCUUUGGGAACACUGCACUGCAUGUGGCCUGCUACACAGGCCAGGAGGCUGUGGCCAAUGAACUGGUGAACCACGGAGCUAACGUCAACCAGCCCAACAGGAGUGGCUACACCCCACUGCACCUGGCUGCUGUAUCCACCAACGGGGCCCUUUGCCUGGAGCUGCUGGUCAACAACGGGGCUGACGUCAACCAGCAGAGUAAAGAAGGGAAGAGCCCCCUGCACAUGGCAGCUAUACACGGACGCUUCACCCGCUCUCAGAUCCUCAUCCAAAACGGUGGAGAGAUUGACAGUGUGGAUAAAUAUGGCAAUACCCCCCUCCAUGUUGCUGCUAAGUACGGCCAUGAGCUGCUGAUCAGCACUCUGAUGACCAACGGUGCAGAUACAGCCAGACAAGGGAUUCAUGGGAUGUUCCCUCUGCACCUGGCUGUGCUCUAUGGGUUUUCAGACUGUUGUCGCAAGCUACUCUCCUCAGGUCAGCUGUACAGUAUUGUUUCUUCUAUGAGUAAGGAGCACGUUCUAUCAGCCGGGUUUGACAUCAACAUCCCAGACAACUUUGGGAGGACGUGUCUACACGCUGCUGCCUCUGGAGGAAACGUUGAAUGUCUGAACAUGCUCUUAAGCAGUGGUACCGACUUGAAUCAGAUGGACAAGUCGGGAAGGACUCCUUUGCAUUAUGCAGCUGCUAAUGGGAGGUACCAGUGCACCGUGACCCUAGUGAGCGCUGGCGCUGAGGUCAACGAGCCUGACCGUACAGGCUGUACUCCCCUGCACUACUCCGCUGCCUCCCAGGCCUUCUGCAGAAUGGACCGACAUUUCCCCGGGACUCUUCAGAGGGAGGAGGAUGGAGCAAAGGAGUCCUAUUUUAGUUGUUUGGAGCAUCUGUUGGACAACGGUGCCGACCCGUCCCUGGUCAACUCUAAAGGUUACAGUGCUGUUCACUAUGCUGCUUCCCAUGGCAACAAGCAGAACCUGGAGCUGCUCCUGGAAAUGUCGUUUAACGCAUUGGGAGACAUUGAGAGCAGUAUUCCAGUGAGUCCAUUGCAUUUAGCUGCUGAUAAUGGCCACUGGCAGGCGCUGCGUGUGCUGACGGAGACUGCUGCGUACGUGGACGUGCAGGAUGCCUCGGGCCGCUCUGUGCUCUACCUGGCCUCCCAGAGAGGUUACGCCCGUUGUGUCGAGGUCCUGCUAGCCCAGGGGGCCUCCUGCCUCCUCAACGAGAACAGACACAUGUGGACCCCUCUACAUGUCGCAGCUGCCAACGGCCACACUGAAUGUCUGCACAUGCUGGUGGACAGUGGGGAGGAGGCAGACCUUACCAACAUCACAGACACGCAGGAACAGACUCCUCUGAUGCUGGCCGUCCUGGGUGGCCAUACAGACUGUGUCCACCUGCUGUUGGAGAAGGGGGCCUGGCCUGACACCAAAGACAAGAGGGGCAGCACUGCCCUGCACAGAGGGGCUGCGUUGGGCCGUGAUGAAUGUGUCACAGCCAUGCUGGACCACAAGGCCUCUGCACUGUGUCGGGAUGGCCAGGGUCGUACCCCACUGCACUACGCUGCCUCCCGCGGCCACACUGACAUCCUCGCCAGUCUGCUGCGUGCGGCCACACGCUCCGACCCUCUUGACUCCCUAUUGGACCAUGAAGAGUACACGCCAUCACACUGGGCUGCUUACCAAGGGCAAGAAGACUGUUUGGAGGUUUUACUUGAACACAAAACUUGUAGUAUCCAGGAGGGAAACUCCUUUACCCCAUUGCACUGUGCUCUAAUGAAUGGCCAUAGUGGAGCUGCAGAGAUGCUGUUGGAAUCUGCUGGCGUACAGAUGGUUAACACCAGGGAUACUAAAGAAAGGACCCCUCUUCAUGCCGCAGCAUGUGCUGAGGAUGUGGCGGGGCUGCAGCUGGUCCUACGCCACGGAGCUGAGAUCAAUGCCGUGGACCACACCGGACGCUCUGCUCUCAUGGUCGCCGCCGACAACGGACAGAGUGGCACCGUGGCCAUCCUCUUGCACCGAGCCAAGGCUGACCUGACACUGCUGGACGACAAUGGAAACACUGCCCUGCAUCUGGCCUGCAGCAAAGCUCAUGAGAUGUGUGCCCUGCUGAUUCUGGGGGAGAUCCAUAACCCUACCCUCAUCAAUGCAACCAACACUGCACUGCAGAUGCCGCUGCAUCUAGCAGCACGCAACGGUCUGGCCACAGUUGUCCAGGCACUGCUGAGUCGAGGAGCCACAGUGCUGGCAGUGGAUGAGGAGGGACACACUCCAGCCCUGGCCUGCGCCCCCAACAAGGACGUAGCUGACUGCCUGGCUCUGAUCCUCUCCACCAUGAAACCUUUCCCUCCUCUGGACCCUUCCUCCUGCCCCUGCUCCUCUUCCUCAGUCUCCCCCAGUCUCAACCUACUGAAGCAUUGCGGCAUCACUGCUUCCUGCACGCCGCUGCCCAACGGAGGCCUCCAUCAUCACAACGGCUAUGUCAAAGACCGCCAUGCCGCUGUCAGCCUGGACGGAUGCCUUUCUGAGUGAGGUCAUCCUACAUCUACUGUCUGACAGCACUACCACCACCACAGGGUAGUGUGUGUGUGUGUGUGUGUGUGUGUGUGUGUGUGUGUGUGUGUGUGUGUGUGUGUGUGUGUGUGUGUGUGUGUGUGUGUGUGUGUGUGUGUGUGUGUGUGUGUGUGUGUGUGAUCUUCUCCUGAAGUGCAGUCAAACCUAUAUGCAAAUGGAGCCCACAGCAUCUAUCUAUCCCAGCUCUGUAUAAGUUAGUGCUUAACACUGAGACCGAUCUCUCUUUCUGUAAGGUCACUGGAAUACUGGUUUGUUCCAAAAUGGUUACUAAUAACCACCCACAAAAUCCCUUUAAAUAAUGUCCUGCAAAUAGGUAGUCAUCAGCACAGAAAGAUGACUGACGGCUAAAAGCACUGUUUAUUCUUUUUAAAAUUUUAUUUUUGCCUUCUUUUUAGUCUUUUGUUGAGUCCCUUUUAUUUUCUCUUCAUAUCAUUCAGUAUUUAACAUUGGAUGACGUGCUGGCCUCCUAGAGAAAUGCACAGCCUUCCUAAAAGGAGAAUGAUGCAACAGGUUAUAGUGAAGGACUUUAUGAAUGAAGUCCUACCCAAAAGUGCAAUGCUUAAAUAUAAAGAUUCUGACUUUAACAAAAAAAUAUAUAUAAUAUGUACCUUCUGUGGUAACCUAAUAUUUCAACUUUUGGCCUUGUUUUUUUUUUUUGGGGGCAUUUUCAUAGAGGAGAAUUUCAUAGGGCUGCUAAAGUUUGAAAGAUGAAUAUGUAAGCAUGUCACCUUACAAAGGAGAACAAUGCUCAGGUUGGCAUUUCAGCAUACAUUUGCUCUCAAUGCUGAAGUAUUGUCUAGAACACAAUUUUAUGUUUACUAAGUGAGAAUUUGGUUUAAAGCAUAUACAUUAUGACCAAAGGUGAAUAUCACUGCUAUGACUGACAAAAUAUUUAUUUGAGAAAUAUUUACAGAGAAAGAUCGAUGUUGAGAUACCUCUUAAGUCAUUUUGCAGCUGCUGAACGGCUAGACAGGGAAAGUAGUAGCAAUGAAUCCUUGGUUAUUUAUUUGAAGUCUUUAGGAGUGGACUCGCCCCAUUGACCUUCAGCAAAGCCUCUUGUUUUCUGAGCACAUUACCUUGAAUUCUAAGAUUACUGCUCAGUGAUAAUCUUACAAGCCAUUUCAAUUGAUUUCCCAUUUUUCUUUUCUUUAAUCACUCCCAAAACAUUUUGGUACAUUGAUUUCGAAUUACCUUCGGCGAGGAAUCCUACUUGUAUUAUUUCCCAAAAUGUUGUCUUUGGUCAAUCUGAAAUGUUACUUCAGCCGUUUUGGAGCUGGAGAAAUACCACUGUUACUCUAUCAAAAAGCUUGUAUCUUGUCUAGUACGGUGGUCAGUUCUGGUGUGAGAUUGAAACGCUGGACUGACAAGUGUUCUUACCUUCUUUUUGUGUGUGUUCUUUUUUUGUUCUUAUAUAAUUUAAGCAAUAUUUAAUUUCUGUCAUUUUGAACGUUAUCAAAAAGACAAUCAUAGUCUCAAGGGCUUUUGUUUCCUUGGAAAUCUUGUUUGAUGUUCACCUUAUUUGUUUGAGUACCGAUACUAGCAACAUUGAAAUGAUCUAUUCUAGACUAAUGGCUAAAGUCUGUGUCCAAGGCAUUUUUCGCUCUGUGCCUAGAACCCCUAAAAAAUGCAAUUGAUUGCCUCCAUGGCAGUACGGAUGCAGGAUAGCAUGAUAUGACGAACCCUGGGGUCUCACCCACUGGGUAGCAGAGAAGCGUUGGAUCCUAUUCAGACUUGUUAAUCUGUUGAGGAUAUGAUUCCUUGGUUGAGCUUGAUUGUUCAUGUCUCUGGACAGAAUUCAUGACUGACAAGAGAGACUUGAAAGCCUAGUAGGUAUGUAGGGUUACUCACUGUAGCAAGGAACUGAGAGGAGACUGUUACACUCUCAUAUGGCCGGUAGUAAUACUUGUGUUUUUAGUAAAGCCGAUAAGUGUGAAAUUCCUUUUUUGUUAUGUAUCCUGUCUUGUGGCUCUACAUACAUUGUAGAUUUGUGGUGUCAGACCACUGGAGCUCUUUGCCUGACUUAAUUUAAAUAUUUUUACACCAUCUUUUCCAUGACAUCAUCAGAGGAUCAAUAGAUUUCAGUGACUCAUUUUUCAUUUCAUUGCUUCGCCACAACCUCCUCUUUGAUGAAUGCUAAAUGACAUGCAUUAGUUCUGGAUGAGAAACAUGAGGACCUACUAUGAUACCAGAGUAGCAUAUCAUCUUGUGCCCUAUAGUCAGUGUUGUCUGGGGGAGAGAAUAGUCUCAGACUGUGUGGAACCAGGAACCAAAUGACAUGGAUUGAUUGAAAUGCAGUUCCAUUUUAGCCCUGAUCCAAGGCACUUGAGAUAGUUAAGCACUUUAACACAUUCAGCAUAUCUGUGUGCAGUCUGAAUACAUGCAUAUGUAUAUUUACAUAUGGGUCGUAGCUAAAGUGCAAAAGACAGGAGCAGAUUGCAAGGAUUGUAUACGCUGCUUCAUUGACGGAGAUUUAACUUCAAAACUCUAAAGCUAAAAAGAUCUCAUGGUCCAAAAUCCAGUCAUCACGGUGCCAUCCCAGGGUCCACGAACUAGUCCUUGUGGUUAGUCCAGUGAUUUUUAGGUAGGCUUGCUUUCGCCGUGCUUGUAUCCUCCUCAGGCUCCUCGCCUAACUCCACACUGAGGGAUGCGUGUUGUACAAUACACACUGAUUACCUCAAUCAUCCAACCGCAGGUGUGUCUGGCUAGCAGGUCAGGUACACGUUCCCCAGUUCAGACACUGCAUGCAUCAGCCGACGGUUGCGUGCCACGUCAUCGACUGCGUGCCGUCAGGCACCUGAUUGCUAUUACAUAGUGAUGUGGUUACCUGAUGGGUAUUUUACAUAUCUGGCAUGUGCCAGCGAUGUCUGAGCAGAGGAACACGAGCCAGAUAUAUGUGUGUGUGUGUGUGUGUGUGUGUGUGUAUAUAUGUAUAUAGAUUUUAUAUUUCAAUCCCCUUGUCCAGCUGAUGGCGCCAGUUCUUCAGUAUAUAUCCCAUCUGGGACUACCCCAUAUCUGUGUUGCAUUGAUAGACUGAGAACUCAUUGGAAAGGAGCUUGAGAUCAUAAUUCUCACUUUAAAGAAACAAGUCAAAUAUAUUUCCCUAGGGUUUAAUAUUAGGAAGCAAUGUAAAGGAUUAUUUGUAGCAUUAAUGACUGUGAAAGACGUGCGCAGCACAUCUAUUGCUCUUCGAUUGUGUUUAGGCCAAUCCAACAAAGCAUUUCAUAGAUGCCAAUUGAAGAUUUGCGGAGUAGUCGUCACAUGAGAAUCUUAGGUCACAGUUAGGGCCUUAUUUGCCAAAGUACAUUGGAUAAUUAAAAAUAUAUAUUUGAAAAGGAAUAGCAAUGGGUUUGAGACAUAUGCAUGCAUUCGAGCAAUGUACAUACUGAAUAUAAAUCUGAGCCAUGAAUUGACUGACAUGUGACUCUAAGGUCAAAUUGGAACAAGACUAUUUGCCAUCUCCUGACUUUUGAACUAUUACACUGCAUUUCUCUGGCAUUCAUGAAAUGAUAAAGUAGCAGAAAGAAAUACUUGUCUUAUUAGUCUUCCUGUUAUGGGUCUUUCUUAAAUGUGUUUCAGUUAUACCGAGGCCCCUAUGUGUAUGUCAUAACCACGUAUUGACACUGGAGACAGGAGGUUGGAGGGUGUGAACAUGCAUCUCGAACACCAUUUAAGAUUGCCUUACAAUAUCUUCUGAACAGGACAUUUAACUACACUGUAGAUGCUUUCAUUUUUUUUUUUACAUUAAUUGGUAGCCAGUUUUUGAAAAGGAAAAUGCACCUAGCUAGCUACAUCCAUUUAGUGCCAUAGAAACCUUUAUUUGCCUUUAAGCAUAAUAGUCAUACUGUACUUGGUCAGUAGAAAAUGUGUUUGUUUGGACUUAUUUACUGUGGUAGCCAUGGUUAGAAUGAACAUUAUUAUUAUAAUAUUUUUUUGUUGUUGAAUGAUUAUUAAGUUCUGAUUUGAAGCAUUGCUGGCACAGAUACAGGUCAUGAUGUCAGUGGUGACUAAUGGUUUGAACCACUUAGUACUGAUCGUAGGAAGUGGAAAGCAAUCAUAUAAUAGAGUUGGUGGUAGUCUGGAGAAAAGAAUGGAUGGAAGAUUUAAAAUAUUUAUAAUUGGACAGACUUUGUGUUGGCAAAAAUGGAUAAUAAUAAUUAAUGGUAAUUUCUUUGCCUGUGGUUUGUAAUUAUUAUAGGACAGUUUUUAAUGUUUGCAGAUGUAUGGUUAACAGGGAAUAGAUUUACCUCGUCCUCGAUGGAUGCCCCUAUUCUUACUUGAAGUAUCUUUCAUCGAGUACAAAUGUAACAUUUUUAAUUCACAGCAGAGCCUUUUAAAGGCAAAGGAACAAGUUUCUUGCAGUACCUACUAAGUUAUAACACCUAACAUCUCAUUAGUUAUGUUUCCCAGUGGGACUGCUAAAAUCUCUGCUGGUUUUGCUAUUAUGUGAUGUGUCCCGAAUGGCACCCUAUGCCCUACAUAGUGC